GUCGUCACUUCCGGCCAAGCUGCAGGAAGUGGCGGCAUCGGGAUGGCGCGGGGCUCUUCAGCGGUGAUGGCCGAGGCAGCGGCGUCGUCCCGCGAGAAGGCGGUGGAGGAGGCGGUGAACCGCUGGGCCUUGCUCUUCUACUCCCAGCGGGCCGUGCAGGCCUUCCGGGCAGGGAGCAGCCGCGACUUCCGCCAGUUUCGUGACGUCAUUUACGCUGUUUUGGCCAGGCCUUUGGCCUUAGAGCAACGUAUUAUUCUUCAAUUGCGGAUUAUCCAACUUCUCUCCAGGAUCGAAGAAGAUUGGACCAUCAAUAUCAGGACUGAGCUGACACCACUGGAAUGUGCUCUCCAUCUUCUGGAAAAGAUGAGGAGUGAGUUCGAUGUUGAUGUGAACAUAUUCGAAGAAAUUCAGAAAAACGUAAAAGAAGCUGCGGUCAUUGCUUGUAUCAAGAACAAAGAAUACAACCAAGCCAAGAAAAUCCUUAAGAAAUACAUGUCCAAAGAUCCCAGCACUCUGAAAAUGAGAAUAUUGCUCCAGAACAUCAUCCGGGAGAAGAACCCCUCCGACCCAGCUAUCUUGGACUUCUCCUUCAAGCGCUUCCAGCAGACAGUCCUGAUGCUUUUGGAGAACUAUAUGGAUGACUCAGAGCCUUUUCUCUCAACGAUGGCUGAAAAGUAUUCCUCUGAGCUGGUGGAGCCCCAGAUGAAUCCCAAAGGUGCCACCAGCGAGGAGAUGGAGGUGUCAGAGCCUGUGAAGAAAUCAGAGGAGGAGGAAGUGACCCCUACGGCCACAGGACCAGGAUCUCAACUCCAAGAAAGACCGCAGGAGGCCUCCAUGAAGGACAGCCUUGAGUUUGAAAUGCAAGAGCUGCCUGAAGAAGAAGGGCCAGAGAAACUGGAGGGAGACCGCCAGGCAAGCGUCAAGGUUUUGCCGACAGUUGGAGGCAGCCGGAAGGAGGCCACUUUGCGUUGUUUGGGAGACAUCCGUGAAAGAAGAGCAGCCUCCGAACCACAUGGGAAAAGUUCUAGAGAUGGUGCAGAGCCUGCCAGGGUCUCAGACAGACGCCCACUGGAGAGACCGACAUCCUAUGGGCACUCUGUGAUCCUUUCUGACCACGAUGCUGCUUUCCAGAAACUGGAUGAGACGGACUGGUUUUGUCCCAAGGUGACCCAGAGACCCGCACGUAACAGAGGCAAGCGCCAGAGGGAGGAAAUGGAGGAGGAAGAGGAGGAGGAAAAGGGGCUCAAGGAUGCAACUUCUGGGCCCCAAACCUGCUCAGAGGCAGGCAAUUACCCAGUCACUAUCAGUACGUUUGUUAUGGGAAAGGUUAACACCAUUUCGAAGGACGCAGCUGACAAAUGCAUGGUGCCCAAGAAGCUGCUGGUGACUAUGGCUCUUCAGGCGGAAAAAGAACAGCAGAAGGAACCCCCCAAGGCACAUUCCUCUCCCAAACGCCCACUGGAGAGACCGACUACCUAUGGGCACUCUGUGAUCCUCUCUGACUCGGACGACCCCGAUGCUGCCUUCCAGAAACUGGAUGAGACGGACUGGACUUGUCCCAAGGUGACCCAGAGGCCCGCACGUAACACAGGCAAGCGCCAGAGGGAGGAAAUGGAGGAGGAAGACAAAGAAGAGGCAGAGGAGGAGGAAAAGGGGCUCAAGGAUGCAACUUCUGGGCCCCAGUCCUGCUCAGAGGCAGGCAAUAAACCAGUCACUAUCAGUACGUUCCUUAUGGAAAAGGAAAACACAAUUUUGAAGGACGCAGCUGACAAACGCAUGGUGCCCAAGAAGCUGCUGGUGACUGUGGCUCUUCAGGCGGCAGAAGAACAACAGAAGGAACCCCCCAAGGCACAUUCCUCUCCCAAGUCCUCCAAGGCGAGCAUCAGCACUUCAACUGAAGAGGAAGAGAAGGAGGUUUGGAGUGACGAAGAGGAACUCUUCAUUGACCUCGGACCGAAAGGCAGGAAAAACAACAGCAGCAAUACUUCCAUCAACGGCUGCAAGAGGAAGAAGUGGACAAGGGAGGAGUCCCAGUGGAUCAAGGCUGGUGUGAGGAAGUUUGGGGAAGGUAACUGGAAGGCCAUCUUCAAGAGCUAUCCCUUCAAGGAGCGAACCCCAGUUAUGAUCAAGGACCGCUGGCGGACCAUGAAGAAGCUUGGGAUCCAGUAAAUCCGUGGAGGAGAGUGGAGGACGGCAGAACAUGGCCUGUGCGUGUCGAAAAGAUGGCCCAGAAUGGCUUCCUCUGAAGACUGCAUUGAACUGACCUUCGUGGUGGGGCCUUGCUUGUGAAGGUCACCAUUGAGGACUGAAGAAGCAGCACAUAGUCCUCUCAAGUCACUAGUUGUUCGGCAGUUCCACGCAACAGGGAUCAUUAUUUUUCCUGUUCUUUGGGCAACAGUUGGAGGAUAGGAAAGAGAGGUGGGUGGGUGGGCAGGCGGGCGGGCAGGUGGAAAGAUAACUCAGUUACGAGCAAUAGGUAGGACUCCACUUAAGGAACUGAAGGAGUUCUCGUCAAUGUGUAAAAAAGAGCCCCAAGAUGUUUCCUCCUGUUUUCCAUAUAGAUUGAAGCAGGGCCUCCCCAGGAGACUUUAUUUUUACCAUAUAAAGACUUCUGUGUCAUGGAACAGAGGGAGGAUAACCCAUGGUUUGGGGUUUAUGAAUUUUUCUUUCUUUCUUGAGAGUCAUUGAGACCAAACAAAAGAGAGAUUGGGUCAAACUUUGUAUGUUUAGCAAAAUAAAGCAUUGUAUUAGA